AAAAAAAAACACAGAUGCUAUGUUAACCUAUGUGUGUUGUACAGUGCGCCGCUACAAUCGGCAACAACAAAACGAAAAUAGUCGGCAAAUAGGCAUAGGAAUGUGUUUGUUUCCUAGCAAAAUAACCCACAACUCCGAUACUGACUAACUAGUGAGUGCUACACCCUGUGGCUUUGCGAAAUCAGCUAUUGAAAUCGCGUCCAUCGAAAAAAAGGAAAGGCGAAAAACGAGGAAGAGCGUCGUUUGUGUUCAAUUUGCAGAGUUUUUGGUGAUGCUUCGCUGACCUAGGAAGUCCUGCCAUGGAGUCAAUUGUCCUUCAUUCCGAUGUAGCUCGUUUGGUUCUAGGCUACUUGGUUAACCAGAAUCUGGAAAAGGCCGCACACACUUUGUGUCGCACAUCGCCGCACCUGCGCCACGAGUUCCUGGCCCUCAAGCAGGGCUUACAGACGCACAACUUCCUCAACGGCGGCCUAGAGGAUAUCAUAUGCGAGCACGUCAAGAUCACAGGCUUGGUGGCCGGCGCUGUACAAAAGUUGCCGCUAGAAGCGCGUCAGCAGUUGCAGCAGCUAAAGUUGUCCGAACGGGUCAACGAACUGAUAGCCAACGCUGACAGGAGCAGUUGCAUCAAUGAAAACAGCACUCCGAAAGAACCCAGGACCUCGCAGUCGCAUCGCAAGAGGAGGCGCUUACGCACCCAAUCCCCAGUGAACAGCCUCUCCUCACCCUCGUUUAGCAAGCGUCCGCGUCUGUUGCCGCCGCACUUCUACUGCAGCGUUAACCGCGAGAAGCUGAAGCUCAGUUUCCUAGCCGGUCAAGAGGAUGACGAUGCGAAUCGAGAAGUGGAGGACGAGGAGGAGAGCACAACGGGCUCCGAAGAUUUGGAAGAGGAGGAGCUGCUUCCGGAGAGUGGUCCUGGUCCGCGGAACAAUUCCACUCCGCGCCAGGGACACGGAGAGGAGAAUCCUCUUGUCCUAACGCCGCAAAGCAUGCCUGAACUAGCUAGUGCGAUAAUUAAGAACCAGGACUUCCAGGCCACGCUGGUGAAGAACAUAAACGUGGCGCUGCAGACGGUGACUGUGACCAAUCCGACAGUUAGCUGUGACGACAUGUUGGACGGUCUGGUCAAGAACAUAUUGGAGGCUACCGAGAAGGAUCCCUCGUUCGAUCGCAUCAUCCAGGAGGUGGUGAUCGGGGAUGACGUGCCGCUGAAUGAGAACCUAGCCGGCUCGUCUGCUGCCACUGCAGCACCUCAUGCUCCUGCUGUAACUUCUGCUCCCGCCAUUCCCGCUGCCGUUGAGCAAAUGCCUCCGGCAGAACUGUCCGUGCCCGCGGAUCCCGUGCCACCGCAAACGCCGCUCAUCAUUCGCACUGCCGUAGCAGCCACCACAGGCACCAACGCGGACCCCAACUUCUCCAUAUCCAAGCUUAUUGUACUGAACUCCAAUGAAAGUGUCCAGAAAAUGGUGGCCGGCAUGGAUACCUCGAAUGUGAGCUUCACCAGCGACGGCUUGAAUCUGAACUUUGCCGAUCCGGCAUCAAUGCUCAGCGAUGUAGAAUCGGCGGCUGCCGGUCAGGUGUGUGUGGACGCCACCACCGGGCAGCUGACCUUUCCGAUGUACCUCUCCAACGGCGGCCUGCUCUCGCACCUUCCAUUCCUGGUGAACAACGAGUGGGUGGCCCAGCAACUCGGGCCGGAUGCCUUCGCCAAUGUGGAUGACUCCCACAUAGAGAUCUCGCUGCCCGAGCCGAUAAUGCUGUCCGCCAACCAGCUGCCCCCCAAUUCCAUCAUCAUCAACAGUGCCCAGAAGCAGCCACCACCGCCGAGCGCAGAGCCUCCUGUUCAAUUAGUAAAAGAGCUGACCAAAUCGAAGGAGAACGCAAGCAAAGCGAUUGGAGCAGCAGCAGCACCACCACAAAAGGAGCAAUUGGAGGAGCAUCUGCAGGAGGAGGAGCUGCGGAAGAUGCCACCCGCCUCCCUGGACUCUUCGCGGCAGGUUUUCGAGCGGGUGACGCCCUCCACGGCAGGAAUCGUCAAUGUAAAGGCCUUCCGUAGCUUGUCCACUCCCCGAAAGAGAACCUCGCAUGUACGAACUUUAACUUUCUCGCCCAAGGUUCCUGCGGCUGCCGUCCUGCAUCCCAAUACGCCACUGUCCACGAGGCGGCCUGGUUUGCUGGCCAGGAGCAAGGAGAAGCCGAUCAUCAACCAUGUGGAGAUCAUCCAGGCGGCUUGCGAUUUGAGCUCUAACGAGGGACUUGGCGGUGUGCCGCCACUGUUCGCCAUGGAGGAGUGCAGCAACCAGACGGUUAUCAAGGCCAACCCUCCGGCUGCCGCUCCUCCGCCAGCGGAUGCGGCUCCGGUUCCUCCACUGGUUUCCACACCGAAGAGGAAACAGAAGCGGCAGGCGGCGGUCAAGGCCUGCAAGCGGAUCAUCUCGCAGGCGGAGUCGGAAUCGAAGGCGGAACAGGAUCAGGAGGGCAGCGUGCCCAAGAACACCUCCGCCUGCAGCGCAUCCUCCUCCGCCCACGAUGACAGCGCAGAGGCCAGCAAAGAGAACCUGCAGGAGGAGCAACCGAUCAAUAAGAAGGCGGAAAGGGGCACCUCCGCCACCAGGGAAACAGCUGCCGAUGCCGACAUGGCCGCCUGGCAGCGCCAGUUGCAAGGCUCCAAUUCGGAUCUGGAGAAUCGUCUGCGCGAGAUCAACUCCAAGCGCGAGGAGGUGAAGACCAGCGGCCGUGCGAGGCGUCCCAAGAAGAAGGAGACUCCCACUUCCAGAGCCCGAAAAGCCGCGGCGGCCAAGCCGAAAAUGGAGCCCAAGAACCAGGUCAAGAAACCACUGCGCACUGGCGGUGAAUCCGCGGAGAAGAUUAACAUUAAGAUCGUCACGCCGCAGAAACCCAAGGCUCUGAAAAAGAAGAAGAUACUUGACACCAAAGAGGAUAUCGUAGAGGAGCCUCAAGUGGAGGUGAAGGAAGGAGUAGUGGAUAAGGUUGAGGAUAAGAAAACUGAAGGGAAAACUGAUACGAAAGAGGAGGAGGCUGGGGAGAACGGAAAGGAGCCUGAGAAGACUGGAGCGAAGGAUCAGGAGCAGUUCAAGGCCCUGGCAGCUGAAAUGGCGCCGGCCAACAUGGCCAUGCUGCUGGACACGCCCUUCAAGGCCUCGCCCAUCGGAGCAGGAGCAAGUGGUGCACUUGGGGUGGCCACCGCAUCGGAGCAAGCGGGCGGCACUGGAGCCGCCGCCAUUCCACCGACUCCAGGAAUGGCUAUACCACCGAUGGACACACCGUAUGGCAAGCUGCCCAGCAGCAGCUUCCUCUUCGGUUCGGACACCAAGAGUAUUAUGGACACGCCCCAGCUGAGCGCCAUUACGCCCGGCUUUCGCUUGACACCAUUUGGCCAGCGACCUGGAACGCCGGUUGGCAGUGCUGCCAAGACUGAAUACUCCUCAAGCAGCUCCUACUAUCGUCCGGACGAAGCGGAGCACACGGAUGCCAAUGCGCAGUGCGCAAUCCAGCAGUGGGAGGAGCUCCAGGAGAAGAAGCAGCCGAAGGCUCAGAUUAAUGUCGAGGAAAAUAUCAUCGAGGUGCUGGAGGAGUUGGAAAGACUGGAGAAAGGGGAGGAGGAGGAGGAGGAGCAUCCUGAAGACAAUAAGGCGACACCUAAGAGAUCGAAGGGGCAGAAAGAAGGGGAUGAUGGGCAUUCUGAGGACAAUAAAGAGACACCAAGGAGACCCGAAAAAACCAUCGAAAUUCAGUCGUCAGAGGAGGAAACAGAGAAGAUCGCAGAGAGAACACCACAGACGGUGAAGCAAGCUGUCGUUCUGUCCUUGGAGCCCACUGUCCUGCGACGCGUGCGCUCCUUCGGCAGCGAGGCGGUGGACAGCGCGGAGUCCGCUGCAGCCGGAUCCCAUCCGUCGGAUCAGCAACAUCAGCAACUGCCGCACUACAAACUGCUGCCCGGUCUGCCGGAGGCCAUCAUCGAGGAUUCGAGUAGUUCCAGCUCCUCGGCGACCUCGUCCUCAUCCUCGUCCAGUUCGAGUUCCCGUUCCUCCAGUAGCUCAUCCUCCAGUUCCUCAUCCACGACGAGCUCGCACAGCGGCGAUGGGGAAAGCGAUCGCGAGGAGGCCAACGAUGGCGAGGAGGAGGAGGAGGAGCGGGAGGGGGCCAAAAAGGCCGACCACUUGCUGCUCAACAUAGACAACCUAUCGAACAUCAGCAGCACGGAGGACGAGGAGUGGCUGAAGACGGCCGCCGGUUCGCAGGACGCAGUGCUGCCCAUGCUGGCCAUUGACAGUCAGCCGGGUCAGCUGGUCAGCCAGGAUGGCGAGGUGCGCUAUCCCAUCAGGAACUGGCUGACGCCGAGCAAGGAGCAGCAGGCCCAGGAGGCGGACACCAGUGGGGAGUCGCGAGCGUAUCCCCCACUUCCUGCUCCGAUGGCCAAUCGAUUGAGUGCUGAAUAUCUGCCAGCUGCUCCUCCACUUCCCGCCAAUCCACCAGCUGCUCCGCCACCACCUCCGCCAGUUGAUCUUCCACCGCCUCCGCCGCCAGUUGAUCUUCCACCGCCACCUCCACCGGAAGACCUACCUACUUCGAAUUCCAUUCACCUCCAGGAGCAGCAGCAACGACAGCAGCUGGACGAGAAGCGCCAGCGCGUGAUGGCCAAGUUCAAGGAGCAAUCCCAGCCAGCCAGGGCGCAAAACAAGAAGACUGCAACCAAGAAGCUCACGGCCAUGCGGGAGACGGCCAAGAUGGCCAAUCCCAGCAGCCAAAAGUCGCCCAAGAAGCGAGAGCACGUAGAGCCAAUAAAAACCAAGGCGGCCAAAAAGGCAAUCGAAGAAGUUGCGCCCACCAAAGAUCCUGAUCCUGAUCCACCAAAUGCGCCAACAGAUCCACCGCCCAGCAAACUGGAUCCCGCCCUGCUGAGUGCCCUCCAUCUUUCGGCCAUCAAGCAGGAACCAUCGACGACGGCGGCGGCGGCGGUUAAACCCAAAGUGAACCGUACAGCGGUUGAGAUUGCGGCACAACCUGCGCCGGGAAAACGUGGACGUCCCAAAAAGGUUGUCAACGGGGAGCCAGCCAAGAUCUCCAUGCGUCGUUCAUCUCGCUUGAUCGACAAUAAAACUCCUGCUCCGGAGGAGCCCUCCAAAGUCGGUGGUGGCGACACGGCGAAAUCGAAUGCUAAAGCGAACACCAAGAAGCCGGUGAAGAAACGUACCGAAGCCAGGAUGCCCACCUCCGCAUUGCCCAUGGUGGCGGAGGCGGAAUCCACACAGGGAUCACCAGAGCAGAAGCAACAGAUAACGGCGAUGCCACAAGCCAAGGCGAACCAACCACCUGAACCGGAAUCGUGUCCAACCGAUGAAAGCGAUUACGAGCAGGAUUUGAGUUUGAGUCGCAGCCAGGAGCUCUGCACCUUCAACUUUUCGUACGCGGACAACGGGCCCAAGUCCGGCAAUCCGAUGAUCCGCCAGCCGGCCAGCUAUUUCAAGAACUACCAGAUGCGCAUGAUGACCGACGACGAGCAGCUGCACACGCUGCGCAUCGCCAAUGGCCAACUGCUGCAUCUGGGGCAGCCGCUGGCCAGCGCCAUUCGCAAUAUUCCCAAGAAGCGGAUUCGCCGCUUGACCAGCAAUAGUGGAGCAACUUCAACGGGAGUGAGUGCAAGUGCAAGUGGCGGAGAUCAUCCCUCGGCCACGUCAACGCCGCUGGUGGAGAAGCCGCUGUCGAGGAGCGAGCCGCAAGACGAAAACGACCUGGAGGUGGCCACCAUAAACUCAGCCACGAUGCCGGCGAGCAGCAGCAGUGUGGAUGGAGGCGAGGACACCUCGGAGAGCUCGGCGCAGCAGAAGGAUCCGCAGAACCAGAACCACAGCGUGGAGAUCGAGGACAUCGAGUCGAUACUUUCGCAUCUGCACGGCACCUGAUUGCAUCUCCGUUUGAACGUUAUUAUGUACACCUAAGACGCUCGUUGGCAAUCACGGGAGUACUCCUCUCAGCUUUUUAAGCCUCCCAUAGAUAAGCGUAGUAGAGAAGAACAAGUUUUAAAUUUGAAUUAUACCCUCAUUCUUAUGUUACCUUAGACUAAAAAAGGAAUAACCAAGGACCGCUAUUAUUAAAAUAUCUUAAUUAUUUUCGACGUAA